AUGGCCUCACACAGACAAGUGUCUAAUCAGCAACUGACAAGAGACCAAACAAGAAAACGAAAGAUUGCCAACAAUAGAUAUGGAAACUCAAGUACUUUGAAUAACGAAACAUAUAAUACAGCUAUAUCUACAUCUCCGGCUCCAUCUACAUCACAGUCAUCGGGUACUUCUGAAGUACAUACACAAGCAAGUCCUCAAUCUGUUAAGUAUAGUACAUCACAAAUCGAGACAGGUAACCUAUUUGAAAAUGAGGUUGACAUUGAAGACACAGAUUUAAAUUUACAAGCCACACCUGUUUUAUGUGAUGGGGGUAUAUCUACACCGCCUAGAUACCCGCCAAAAAGACAAAAGUUAAAUGAGUAUACCACCACUACUGCUGGACCAACAAGACCGUCAUUUAAUUCUAAUUUUCAAUUACCGAAUGAUAUAUUGAAGAACCUAACCCCGGUAAGCAAUACUACUGUAUCCCGGGAUAAUUCAAUACCUACUUUACGCAAACAAGAAAUCUUACAGAAUAUUCAAAUCAAGUUACUGGAGAAAUCAAGUAGAAUAUCACGGAAAUUAUUGGCUCUUCAGAAAAAACGACAAUUGAAUCAAGAACUGAGGUUGAAAAAGUUGAAUGAUGAAUUACAACAGGCUAAUAUUAGACGUAAUCAAUAUUUAAACAUGGUUAGGCAACGAGCUGCCAAAUUUUAUCGAGAUGUUGGUGAUACCGAUACAAGAGGUGCAAGAAUCAUCAUUCAAAAAUCACAAAGAACAAAUGUCAUGUCCAUGAGUGCUACUCCUAAUCGGAACAAUCGACAUGUGCCCAAAUAUUUGGACAUAAAUCUAUUUGUUCCUUUACAAAAGUUGGCGCAAAAGUUUUUAUUUCACAAGUAUGUGAACAUGGUUGCAAACUCUCAAUUCUUGGAAAAAUUUCAAGCAUUUUCAUUCAGCAAGGUGCUAAAAUUUUCCAAUAGUGAUAAUGAUUUGAAAAUUGGGAUUCAUUUUAUAUUGAAAUAUUUGCAAGUGCCUCACUUGUUGGGAUCAGAAUACAAGUCAUUUUUUUAUUGUUUUAUAAUGAUUGCUGAUUUCAAUUCGUGUAUGAAUCACGAUGGUAAUGAUGUUGGGAAUAGACAAAGUGUGAAUUAUAAUCACCCAGGGUUUAAUGUAAAUACUGAUACAAAAGAUGAAAAGGAAAUGUUUUUUCAUAAUUGCAUUUGGCUAAUUGUUUUCAAAUUUGGUCAGUACUUGGUGGAUGAAUUUAAUACAAUUAUCCAAAAAAAAUCAUUAACAGACAAGUUUUUGAAAUACUGGCAUGAGUAUAAUUUUAUUUUCAAAAUUUUCAAAUGGAAUCAUUACAACAGUUUGAAAAGUUUGUUAAUUAGUUCGAUAAAUAUAGUUGACAAACAAAUUAAAGCUCUAUCUCAUUUGGAAAAUGAUAUUCUGGUUGAAGAUUUGAAUAAGCAACAAUCUAAGUUGAAGGAUGAAUUGUUAUUGUUGAAUAAUUAUCAAUUGGAUGAACUUAAAAAUUUCAACUCCAGCAAUGAAGUGGCGGCAUUUUACAAUUCAAUGAACGAUUUUGUCAAUGAGAUUUACAGCCAAACUCAAUUUCCGUCACCGUCAUCGCAUCCAACGUUACGUCGAAGCAGUAGCUCGUCGUAUCUCCAGAACAAAUCUAGUUAUGUAUGUUUUAAUAAUUAUAGGUUUUUCAUUCCAAAUAUCAUUCCCCUGCUGGACUGGAGAAGCUACUGGAUGAAGCGGUUUCUACAAAUUGAAAUAGAGCAAAAUAAGCGACAGCACAAAUUUCCUGUUAAAUUGAAAAGUGGGCUUCUUUAUAACUCAAAUGAUUUACCUCAAGGAAGUAAUGGUGGUAAAAUAGAAGUAUCUGAAGUUUUCCAAACUGACUAUAGUUCGAUUACCGUCAAACAAAUCUAUAACAAUUUGGUAAACUAUUAUUUGGAGUAUACAAACUCUUACUAUGAAAUAAAGGAAAGGGAUAUUUUUGUUCUUGUUGAUUGUGAUAGUUUUUACUUGGAAAGUAUGGUCCAUUUGGCCCGUACAUAUAAUGUGAAUGAUGGUAAUAAUGGAAGUUUAAAUGAUAAUAAUAUAUUAUUGGACUUGAUUACAAGGUGUUCUAUCGAUUUAGGUACUGAGUUUUUUGAGGAUUCCUUAAUAGAAUUGAACAAAUUUGUCCUUCAACUAUAUUUUAAAAAGUGCCGAUUUUUAGAUACUGAAUUUGAACGGUUUAGAGUUUUUGAAAAUUUAUAUAUUUUAUUAAACCAUUGUCAGAAUUUCCCACAUUUGAAGUUUAACAUUUACACAUUUAAUUCAAGUUUGAUUUUCCCCGAGUUUUAUAAACAUGUCAUUCUCAAGAAUCAUACUUUACAACUAUCUCAGAGCAAAUCAAUCAUUUCUUCAAGUUUGAAAACUAGUAUUGAGAAAAUAUUAAUUUCAAAUCAUAGUUUGCCUAGUUGCAAUUUCUUUAGUACUAUAUUUAUCAAUGAAAUUAUUUCGGGGUGUAUUAGCAAUCAUGAAUUGAGUCACAUUUACAGAGACACUUUUCAAGAGUUGCACUCUAAACUCGAUCAUUUGAUAAAUGUUAAUUGUUUUGGAAUAAUGUUUGAGUUUUAUCAUGGUGAGAGAUUUCUUGAAAUCGAUAAGGUCCAUGAACGAUUAGAAAACCAUCACGAACUAAUCAUGAACUCCAAUUUUGAAAUUUAUUUCAACAAAAAUAUUGAUAGAAUUAAAAGAGUUAUGAAUGAAAAAGUUAAGCUGUUAUUAAGUAAUAAAGAUUUUGAUAAUCCUAAAAUAACUCAACUUUUUAAAUACUAUCAGUCCGAAGUGAUCCACUUGAUUGAGAGCAUUAUCAACUAUGUAACAUACAUAUAUAAAUUAUACAGUCCUAUUUUAAAUUGGAUUUAUUAUGAAUUGGGGAGAGAAGAAGAUUAG